AUGGCGUUGUAUGAAAGCGAGUUCUGUCAAGUGUCAAGUGUACAGGGACAAUGUACACAGUACACUGAAUUGCAAAAUGAUAAUCCUGUAGAAAAAAAUCCACAUAAUCAUCUACCUGAUAAAGAAGAAAUAAAAGUUACUAAAUGUAUACAAAAAAUGAAGGAUCAAGUAACUUCUUCUAGUAUGAUAAAUCCUGUAGAAAUAUUUACGGAAAAAUGUAUCGCAAAUAGAAACAGCAACUAA